AUGCUCGUCUCUUUCCCCUCCUGCAGAAGGGUUUCCCACAACCUGUUCGACGAAAUGCCCGCCAUUGCUGCUGUCAGCGACAGGGAUCACUUUGGCGACCUCACCGACGACCUCCUCAGCCAUGUGCUAUCCUUUCUGCCGUCGGACGACGCCCUGCAGACUUGCGUGCUCGACACCCGUUGGCGCGACCUCUGGAGGCGCACCACCAGCCUGCACUUCAAUGUUGAUGAUUGCGAACUGUUCCGGCGGUUGGUGAAGCUCAUCAUCCAACUCCGCGGAAAGUCACCUCUCGUAAAGUGCGACAUAAUUACAUGCCCUGAUGAUUAUGCGGUGUUUGGCAAGUGGCAAUACAUGAACACUAAGCUGUUGAUCGAGUUCGCUCUCAUGUGCCAAGUUAAGGAGCUCACACUCAGCACUGUGGACUUUCAUGCCAUUGAUCCACCAGUAUUCGACGUGCCUUUCAUCUCCCAUCAUUUGAAGACCAUAAACCUUCAUCGGGUUAAGCUAAAAUGCCCCGCUCUGAAUUUCUCUGGCUGCCCAAUCUUAGAGGAACUAAAGAUGCAAAAUUGUAACAUUUGUGCACGGAAGAUAUCAUCCAAAUCACUAAAGCAUCUCUGCAUCUCCGAUUCAUGUGUGAUCCCUGUGGAUUUCCGCAUUCGGAUUUUUGCCCCGGACCUUAUCUCACUGCUAGUUGCUGAUUUUUGUGGUGCGACCCCUUUCCUCGAGGACAUGCCAUUUCUAGUGACAGCCUCUGUUGGGCUUGACGAUUCAUGUUACGAUUUGUGUAGCAGUGCGCAAAGGGGUUGUGGAUUUGACUGUUGUUGUAAUAAUUAUCCUACAGAGGGGGGUGUGCUUCUCAAUGGUUUGUCCAAUGCUGUUAAUUUGGAGUUGAUUUUGACAGCUGACCCUGUAAAUUUUAUCUACAGAUGGGAUUUAGAAUGGUGCCCAAUUUUCAGCAAAUUAAAGACUCUGUUACUCAAUGAGUGGUUCACAGCUAUUGACCUAGCUUGCAUUCUGCAACACUCUCCAAUUCUUGAGAUGCUCACUCUUCAGCUUGGUAAUACGAAGAGCCUCACAAGAGCAACGGCGGCCCAAGAAACAAUAGAUCAAUCAUUCGUGUGUGCGCACCUAAAGGUUGUCAACAUUGAAUCUGAUGAGGUUCAUGAGGAAAUUCACAAAAUUGUGAAUAUCUUGAGGACUUGUGGCAUACUUCGUGAUCACAUUAGCAUCAAGGCUCGAUCAUCACCCUCAUGCUGUUUCAGUUUCCAGAAGGAUCCGCGGUCGCUGCUCCCUCCUCCUGCCGCACUGCGCCCUGCAGCUUCCACCACCGAUGAUGGCAACUAG